AUAUAAUCAGUUCACAAUCAUCACUACAAUAUAAUCCACUCACGCAGAUAUCAUAACAGGCUUCAACUUGAAUACAUUAAUACAACUUACUUGCUCAACACAUAUCAAAGUUACAACUUCGUCUACCUAACACACCAACAUCUCGCAUCAUCUAUCCUCUUUCAGAUGGCCACCACAAUGCGCGCAUGGCAAUUCAAGGCCUCCUCCGGCCCCAUGGAAAAGAAUCUUUCCAUGCCACCCUCAGGCCUCCCCAUCCCAUCCAUCAAAGACGAUGAAGUCCUCGUCGAAAGCCAUUCAACAGGUCUCAACGCAAUCGACUACAAGAUCCUCGAGCUUGGCCUUAUCACACGCCUAGUCUUCCCCUCUAUGACCCCCGGCUUGGAAAUCUACGGCCGAGUCACAAAAACCGGUAGCAAAGUAUCCAAGUUCCGCGAAGGCGACGUAGUGUUCGGCUCGAUCGGUCCCGGACCCAAACACGGCGCGCUGGCAGAAUACGUGCCAGUAUCCCAAGACGUACUCGCAAAAGCCCCAGAAGGCCUGAAGGGCGAUGAUCUCGUCGGCAUUUCUCUCGUCGGCAUGACAGUCUACGCUGGUCUAGCACCGUACGCGAAACCCGGCAGCAAAGUGUUCAUCAACGGUGGUUCUGGAGGCACGGGUGUAGCAGCCGUGCAAAUGGCGAAGAUACUGGGCUACCAAGUCACGGCUUCGUGCUCGACGGCGAAUAUCGAGCUCGUCAAGAGUCUAGGCGCAGACAAUGUAUUGGAUUAUACCACUGCGCCAAUCAUCGAGCAACUCAAGGACAGGGGCGAGGUGUUCGAUCUCAUACUGGAUAACGUUGGUGCGCCGGCGAAUCUGUAUCGUGCGUCAACUCCGUUUCUCCGGGCAGAAGGCAAGUUUGUGCAGGUGGGUCUGGGCGUGAGCUUAAGUGGUGUUUUGCAGCUGCUUGGCAACAAUAUUGCGAGCUUGUUGGGGUGGGGGAAGAGGGGGUAUGUGUUUGUCGAUGCAAAGCCGAGUACGGCGGUUUAUGAGCAGUUGGCUGCGUGGAUGGUCGAGGGCAAGCUACGCGCCGUUAUUGAUUCGACGUGGGAGUUUGGCAAUGUGCCAAAGGCGUAUGAGAAGUUGAAGACGGGACGGGCGAGGGGAAAGGUUGUGGUGCAUGUUAAGGAGGAUUGAAGGAUUUUGGGAUUUGAGGGGGGAAAAAUCCACUUGUUUUCUUUGAGCGAGAUCAUGUUUGCGAUAUCUAUUAGUUUAAUUCCGGGCAGAGUGAAUGUCCUUUGAUACAUUCUAUACAUCUUGAUUGGGUAUCUUCAAUUCUUCACUCGAAAACUGAACCUGAAUUUU